CCGAAGAUCUAAGAUCGAGUGAGUGUUCGCUAUUCGAUCGCUGUUUCGAAGAGAAUCACCGUGAUAAACCCUUUCAAUUGCACCAUCCACUGUACAGGAGCGACGAACAGGAAGGGUUAAUCAAAUCUACUUCGGCGUUGAUUUCUCUGAAACAGAGAGAUGAAGAAGGUGGACGUGCCCAAGCUGGGUUUGCUUCUUGUUGUUCUCCUGGUGGCAGCGACAUUUGAACCUAGCUCAUCUUUGCCAUCCACUGUUCCUGCAUUCCUCUGGUCUCCUCAUCAUCACCAUGGGUUUUCAAACAACAUGAUCGAAAAAUCUGUUGAUUACCAGACCAUUUCUCCACAGGAGCUGGCAAAGUCUGUUCUGUAUGAAGGGGGCUGGUCAAAAUUUCUGUGCUCAAGAAAGAAUGUAGAGCAGCAUGUGGAUCUUGCAAUAGUCUUUGUUGGUUCAGAGUUGCAAUCAGAUUUUAUGUUGAGCAGGCACGUGGAUCCAAACCUUAAGGACUUACUGAAGGUCUCUUUCUCAAGGUCUAACUUCUCCUUGGCAUUUCCUUAUGUGGCUGCACCAGAAAGCGGGACGAUUGAAAAUUCAUUGAUCUCAGAGUUCAAAAAAUCGUGUGGGCAUGAUCUUGGAAUCAGCAAUAGUGCCUUCCAUGAGUUGUGCUCCAUUGAGGAUGAAUCGUUCCAGAGACUUCCCCUGCAGCAUUCAAUUAAUGAUUAUAUGGUUUCAAGAAUGGAAAAGAAGCCAAAGGGAGAGACAGAUUUGGUAGUUUUCUGUCAUGGAGGUUCCAAUUCACCUAAAGAAGUUAAUUCAUGGGCUUCUGAAAGCAAAGCUUUGUUGGAGAUAAUGACUUCUGCAGAGCAUGUUGGGUCAAAGUAUGAAAUUCUCUAUGUAUCGGAUCCCUUUCGGUCCAUUCGCCAUACUUCUAUGAAGCUUGAAAGAUUUCUUGCUGAGGGUUCCUCUGGAAAUGGAUCAACUAAAUCAGCAAAUUUCUGUGAUGAAGUCUGCCAAAUUAAAUCAUCUCUUCUCGAGGGCCUCUUUGUUGGGAUCGUGUUGCUCAUAAUCCUAAUAUCAGGCCUUUGCUGUAUGAUGGGUAUUGACACCCCAACGAGAUUUGAGACACCUCAAGACUCCUAAAAAUCUCGUUCCUCAUUGUAUGGAGAGUAGUUGAGCAAUUGUUUUUGGUGAUGUAUCCUCGCAGGGAGAUAGCCGAUGAUGCCAUUAAUUUGUCAUAAUAGAUUUUAUGGUAUUUUUUUUGUUGUUAUUCCCGUUUUCCUGUGGCAUGGUUGUCUGCUAUGUCCCACCAGCUGCUGCUGCUGUUAUGUAUGAGUACUGAAGCUUUCUGGUUUUCCCUUAUAUUCUUAUGUGAUUUCAUUGUAAGCAAGGAGAAAAUAAAUGUGUUAUUCCCAUCA